AAAAUCCCAUCCGAAUUCCUGCCGGGACAAUUCUCAGAGAUACGAUUAGUAAUUCCAAUGUGCCACGUGUGACUUUGAACGGUGCUGAAAGUUUUUUGAUAUCUUGGACCGCGAGCUAUAUAUUGCAGUAUCAGGGUCAAGAAGUUCUUAAUUUAGAAAAUCAAAAACGGCAGUCAAUGAGG